AUGAUGUCGUUAAGAAGUGUGUGGUCCACUGGCUCUGUUGUUUCUAGAGUGCUGGGUUUCGGGGCUGCCAAACCGUUUAGCACUGCUUCAAUUGCAUAUGCUACUUUAAACCAGAUCAAAAGAGGUUCUGGUCCUCCAGGUCGUAGUAGAGUGUCUAUGGCUCCAGAUUUGGAUAACUGUCCUAUUAGAAAAGGUGUUGUGUUGCGUGUUAUGGUCUUGAAGCCUAAGAAACCUAAUUCCGCUCAACGUAAAGCUGCCAGAGUGAGACUAACUAAUGGUAACGUGGUUUCUGCUUAUAUUCCAGGUGAAGGUCACAACGCUCAAGAACAUAGUAUUGUGUAUGUCAGAGGUGGCCGUUGUCAGGAUCUUCCCGGUGUCAAGUACCAUUUGGUCAGAGGUGCUGGUGAUUUAAGUGGUGUCGUGAAUAGAAUCAGCUCCCGUUCCAAAUAUGGUGCCAAAAAACCAACUAAGGAAUAG